GGAAAUAAUUUGGCCUCGCAGUCCUGCCCCUAAUUGCAAUGACCUACAGCUGGUGAAAGUAAAACAGGAGUUGAGUUUAACAAAUAACUUCACCGAUGUAGAGCUACAUGUGAGAAUCAAACUGUGGUCACUAAGCUGAUGGAUGAUGGCAGUUUGGGCUGCAGUGUUAAUGAUAUGUGGAGUCUGCACAGGAUUUGCAACGAGCUCUGCAGAACCUAUUUUAAAAGUUCCCCUGGAUUUGGCCCUGAACGCUGUUGACGACAUGUACGCUGGUUGCAAAGACAAGAUGGAGUUCAGAGUGAAGAAGGAGUUCCUGGCAAAUGAGAAAAACAAAGACAAAAAUUUCACCCUUGCCUGGGGGUUGGCAGAAAAACACUACAACACAAAAUGGAAGCAUAGAAAAGGAACGUGGCCUUCCACCUCUCUGGGGAAAGAACGGAUCAUGGCUAUUUACGUUUAUACCCUCGACAAUCCAAAAAUCUAUCGGGAUUUCAACUACGCAGUUCGAACCCAGAAAUCCACGUACAAGACAACGUUUGGAUAUCACACUCUUCACUUUUUCCUCACUGACGCCAUCCAAACUCUCAACACUCGCAAACCUGAAGAGGAAAGAUGUCUCACUGGCUACCGCAGAGUCGACCGUUACUUCAGCCAAGAUGUCCUCAACAAAGGGAUACGCUUUGGCUCUUUCACCUCCACCUCGAUGGGAUGGUACCCCAGCGCUGGAAGAUUUGGAGACAAGUCGUGCUUUGAGAUUAUCACAUGCUCCGGAGCAGACAUCUCUUUGUAUUCUAAACUCGGGGAGUCCGAGAGGGAAGCACUGAUUCCGCCUUAUGAAGUAUUUAAAGUCACAGAUAUUGAGAGGCGAUCUGGCCAGAAGAGUCUUCCGUGUGAGGUGGUCUAUAAACUGAAGAGUGCUAGAAAGAUUCUUUCAAAUUUGAAUUGUGCUCUUUUCUGAGUUGAACGGUCUCACGCGUGUAACUUGCAAAAUAACAUAGAGGCCUUUAGAAGCAAAACACAGAUGUCAUGACGUUCUCAAAAUUUAAUUGGUUAUGAAUGCAAAAAAUAUAUAUUUUCAUUUUAUAAUAUUGCAAAAGCCAGAGUUGACGUAAUUCGGAAAACAAUUAGAACUUUUAUAUUACAUCUUUGUUCUGACGUAUUUGUCAUUCCUGCUCUGAUAAAUAUAAUCUACCAAAAAAGAUGCUUGUAAAAUCCUCUAGAAUAUAAUAAAAUACCCUUUUCACAAAUACUGAAUGUUUUUCGU